AGAAGAAGGAAAAAAAGCAACCAUUUCCGGGCCGGAAAUGUUUACAAGUAGCAGCAGAGUUGAGGCUCUUGCAAAUCUUCGUGAAUCCGAUGCUCGGUUUCUCCAGCUGAUAUUUGCCAAGCAGGGGCAUCCGAGAGCCAUCGUCUACCCGAGCCACUGAAAGACGAGUAAGAAACCAUGAAGAGGAAAGGGAGAUGCUCAAGGUCAUCUGAGACAUCACCAUCACAAAAGAGCGCGAGGCUCUGUGAAGGGAGGAGGAAAACUCAGAGGAACAUCCGCGUGGCCGCAGCAACAUCUGAGCUGUAUCGUGGAGAUGCCGCAACAGACGCUACCUCCGCUUUGGCUGACAAGCAGUCGAAAUCCUCCAAAUUAUCCACUGCCAUCUGCAGGCUGUGCCAUGGCAAGUUUUCUCCACGGAGUCUGCUACAUGCCUUCAACAAAUGGCCUCACGAUUUUCCCGAUCUUAUUAAUGAGGAAGCGUAUGCUGCUGCCAAGUCACCCUCUUUAUUCCACGUCGACUUCCAGCGACUGGUUGGAGUACAGUUGGACCCUGACUCUCGAUUAUCAGAAUUUGUUUGCAAGAAAUGUCACAGCAAGUUCUAUAAGUGCCACAAUAUUCUGGUUCGGUUUCUGCAGAUGGUUAAUCUCCUGCCUGUUGGGAAAGACAAUUCGAAAAUCAGGCACAAGCCAAUGUUUUCAGACUCUUUAAUAAACGAUGGGUCUACAACUUCGCCAUCCUUUUCUUUAGACACCGCCUCCCUUCACAAUCUGGUGUCAUGGGCUCACCAUCACGGAGAGGCCUGCAAAUCUUGCCCUGACCUGAAUCCGGUGCUUGAGGGCCAGUGCUGGGGCUCAGUCAAAGCAGUGUGGUGUUGUGUUGAUGGGCACAGCUACACUAUGAACACACAGGGCACCACCUCUGUCAGGUUUGGAUAUUUGCUCAACCCAGGAGAGAGUGGAAAUGGGGCCAGAGAGAUUUCACUGGAGGUGGCCUGUGAGGAAAGAAGCACAGUGGGGACGCCGGGCUGUCAGGCUCAGCAGAGUCCACCAGCAGUCACUCCGCUGGUUCAAAGCCCAACGCUGACGGACUGGACCUGCGACACUAAAGAGUUUGCAGACCCACAAGUGGCAAUUUCUCCUGUUCAGGAGCAGCAAGAGGACAAGCAGACUAAUACCGAUCUAUCUGACAGAGCAACUGGACCCAACGAACAACAACAAAUUACAAAUACCUCAGGAGAUCCUAAAGUUAAAAGGAAACCUGGACCUAAACCUGGCUGGAAGAACAAGUUCAAACCUAAAGGGGAGGAGCUGCCCAACAUCUACAAGUGUCUGUAUCAAGGCUGCACUGCUGUCUAUAGAGCUCCUGAUGGUUUAAAGAAGCAUAUCAAAGAACAUCACGAAGAGGUAAGAGAGCGACCCUGUCCCCAUCCUGGAUGCAACAAGGUCUUUACCAUUGACCGUUACUUGCAGCGACAUGUCAAGCUGAUCCACACAGGUAUGUUUGCUUUCAUCAGUCAAAGCUUGGGUCUACCUUCAAAAGUCUGGACAGUAGUUGACAGCAAGCUUGACAUAAUUCAUUCAAAAUGUUAUUUCUUUGGGAGCGGCACACCAACAGAGCCCCGAGCGGCCCCCUAUCACCACCGCGCCCCCACCAUACAGUUCACCCAGCAGACACGCACACUGAAAAAAAAGUACAUGGAGGACAUGGGAAGGAAAGCUCUGAACUCCUUUCAGGGAACGACUCCAAGUCAUUGGUGUGAGGUUUGUGGCUUCCAGUGCCGUCAGCGGGCGUCACUGAAAUAUCACAUGACGAAACACAAGGCAGAGGCUGACCUGGAUUUUGCCUGCUUGGUAUGCAGCAAGCGCUUUGAGAAGGCCCAUAAUCUCAAUGUUCACAUGUCUAUGGUCCACCCACUGACUCAAACCAAGAUACAGAAAGGAGGCAACAAGCAGAAGCCACACGCUGCAUUCUCCAACCUGCACAACAUCUUAAUGAGCGGAGAAGCUAUGCCACAAGAACAAGACAGAUGAUGUCAGGAAGACUUGGAACUCGUGAUCUGACUCAUGGUGCCGCUCUAAAACAUCCAAUGUCUAUUUGCCUUUACUAUAAUUUUCCAACCACAUACAGUAAUCCCUCGCUAUAUCGUGGUUCACGUUGCGGAUUCAGUGCAUUUUAAUACGUCAGUGUAGUGCAGUCACUCGCACAUUCUGAUAGCUUAAUUGGCUAAAUGAUUUUAAUGUGGCAGCAAUGACUCACAUUGGGUUGGGCUAUUAUUAGCAAAAAUGAAACCUUACUGAGUAAUCUCAGCACGUAAAUUUGGUAAGUAACCAAAUUGCUUAACGAUACAAAGAACAUGACUGGAAAGCCAGUGUUUAAAACACAAGCCACUGUCAGAGUUUUAUGAAGUAAUUCACAAAUUACCAACCUUAGCCCAAUGAACAAUUAAUACCCAAACAUUGCAAAAUCGACAGAAACAAAUGCAAGAACAUUAAGCUGUUUCUUCUACAACUGUAGUACUAUAGUUAAAAACAUCACCGCAAUGAGUUCUGGGUUCCCAUACUGCUUUUUUCGCUAACUACAUUGGCAGGACCGUCCGUCAGUAUGAGGAACUGUGCCAAUGCUGAAGGCAGGAAAUUGCCUCCUACUGCUUGGGCUAUUGGUUGCGCCAUUCAAGUCGAGCACACCUGCGUGUGCAUGUCCUUGUGUUGUGUGUGGAUGUUGACCUCAAGUGGGCCAAAAAAAAUACCUUCACCUCUCUAAAGUAUCACAUAUUGGCUUUGAAAUGCAUAUAUGAAACUUAGACAUUUAUUCAUCCAUCCAUCCAUUUUCUUCCGCUUAUCACCAGCUACUUUGUCCCUCUUCCGGGGGGAUCCCGAGGUAUACCCAGGCCAGCCGAGGGAUGUAGUCUCUCCAGCGUGUAGUGCAUUGUCCGUGGGGCCUCCUACCGUUGGGAGGUGUCCGGAAACCCUCACCAACUCAUUCUGUCCACCUGUAUCCGCGAUCUUGUUCUUUCGGUCACGAGCCAGAGCUCAUGACCAGAGGUGAGGGUAGGAACGUAGAUGGACCAGUAAAUCGAUAGCUUCGCCUUUAGGCUGAGCUCCUUCUUCACCACGACAGACCAAUACAGAGUCUGCAUUACUGCAGACGCUGCAACAAUCCACCUGUCGAUCUUCAGCUCCAUUCUUCCCUCACUCAUGAACAAGACCUAGAGAUACUGUAAAUCCUCCAUUUGGAGCAGGAUCUCUUCCCCGACACAGAGAGAGCACUCCUGCCUUUUCCGACUGAGGACCAUGGUCUCAGAUUUGGAGGAGCUGAUUUUCAUUCCAGCCGCUCCACACUCGGCUGUGAACCACUCCAGCAAGAGUUGAAGAUCACGGCUUGAUGAAACCAUCAGAACCACAUCUGCAAAAAGCAGCGACAAGAUACUGAUACCGGACCCCGUCAACACCUCAGCUGCGCCUAGAAAUUCUGUCCAUAAAGGUAAUGAACAGAAUCAGUAACAAAGAGCAGCCUUGGCGAAAUAUAACCCUCACUGGAAACGAAUCCAACUUGCUGCCACCAAUGCAGACCAAGCUCUGACACCAGUCAUACACAGACCGAACAGCCCUUAUCAAGCCCAUACACCCGAAGCAACCCCCAUUGAAAACCCCGAGGGAAUGCCUUCUUCAAGUCCACAAAGCACAUGUAGACUGGUUGGGCAAACUCCCAUGAACCCUCGAGGACCCUGUUGAGGUUCCACGGCCAGGACGUAAACCACACUGUUACUCCUGAAUCUGAGAUUCAACUUCCCGAUGGACCCUCCUCUCCAGAACCCCUGAAUAGACCUUACCAGGGAGACUGAGGAGUGUGAUUCUCCCUAUAGUUGGAACACACCCUCCAGUCCCCCUUCUUAAAAGGGGUACCACAACCCUGGUCUGCCAAUCAAGAGGAACUGUCCCCGAUGUCCACGCGACAUUUCAGAGGCCUGUCAACCAGGACAGCACCAUCCAGAGCUUUCAGGAACUCCCCCAGGGCCCUGCCACCGAGGAGCUUUUUAACCACCUCGGUGACCUCAACCCCAGAGAUAGGAGAACCUGCCUCAGAGUCCCCAGACACUGCUUCCUCAUGAGAAGGCGUGUCAGUGGAAUUGAGGAGUUCUUCGACGUGUUCGGCCCACCAAUUCACAACUUCCAGAGUUGAGGUCAGCAGCACUCUGCCCCACCAGACACCGUGUUGACAGUGCACUUGCUUCCCCCUCCUGAGACUUAAGAUGGUGGCCCACAAUUUCCUCGAAGCUGUCCGAAAGUCAUUCUCUAUGGCCUCACCGAACUCCUCCCACGCCCGAGUUUUUGCCUCAGCGACAACUAAAGCUGCGUUCUGCUUUGCCAGCCGAUACCCAUCAGCUGCCUCCGGAGUCCCACAGACCAAAAAGGCCUAAUUGGACUAUAGGACUUCAGCUUGAUGGCAUCCCUUGGAUCCCCUGGUGUCCACCAGUGGGUUCGGGGAUUGCCACCACGACAGGCACCCACCACCUUACAGCCACAGCUCCCUCAACAAUGGCACUCGGACUCAAUGUCCCCCGCUUUCUCUGGGACGUGGUGAAGUUCCGCCGGAGGUGGGAGUUGAAGUUAUUUCUGUCAGGGGACUCUGCCAGACGUUUCCAACAGACCCUCACAAUACGCUUGGGUCUGCCAGGUCGGACCAGCAUCUUCCCCCAUCAUCGGACCCAACUCACCACCAGGUGGUGAUCGGUUGACAGCUCUGCCACAUGCGUACGGUGGCAAGUCCGCCGACACGACCACAGUCGAUCACCGAACUGCGGCCUAGGCUGUCCUGGUGCCAAGUGCACAUGUGUACAUAGUGUUCCUUAUGAACAAACCAUGAUGAGUCCAAUAACAGGAGACCACUCGGUUUAAGGUGUGUGUGUGGUUCUUCCCAAUCACGCCCCUCCAGGGGUCACUGUCAUUGCCCAUGUGAGCAUUGAAGUCCCCCAGACGAAUAAUAGAGGUGACAUUCCACGUGCCUAGAGCUAGCUUCUGUAGCCAGGGAUCAGAUCGCCAUGGUCCUUGACUUCAGCCACCCAGCUCAUUGUGCACCUGAGCCCCCCCCUUUUAUACAUUUAUAUAAUAAUAAUACUUGGUCGCUACUUUGCAGAGUUCAUUUAUUGCUGGGUUUCCGGGAACGUAACCCCGGUGAUACACCAGGGUUUCCUGUAUUCCACUUUUCAAGCUUGUUUACAGCUAAGAAGCAAGCAAGGGUGGCCACGUCCGUGAAGUGGGCGUUGUAGUCGUGUCGUGUUGACUGAGAACAGCUGCAUCUGUAUGUACUGUCUGUACAAAAAUUGGGUAAGUAACGUUGCUUUCUUACUGUUGGAGUGGUUUAUUAAUCGCCCAAGUAAGUCAAGUGUUUUUAUUUUUUUAUUUUUUUUUUAAAGUAAUUACUGUAUUCAAGAACAUGGCAGAAAAACAUUUGGAACAUAUUUCAUUUAUUUUGAGUGAAACUGUUGAGCCAAAGUUGCCUCAUCAGAGGAAAGACUACUCUGGAAUAAUCCUGUGAGGGUCCAAGUGUGUCGACAGAGCUGCUGCCACCUCUGGGUCGAAUUCCACACACUGAGACUCCAGCUGCACCAGAACACACAAGCAGAGAGAUUAGAACCAGAGGAUGAAAUCAAAGGAAGGUCUCGAUAAGCGUGUUUGUGUUUGACCUGAGCUAUGUGCCCGGAAAAGAGAGUGGAAGUGGACGUCUCUGAAAUGGCCCUCAGCAGGAAGGUUUUGGUUUGGCUCAGAAUCUGCCAAGACUCCGUCUAACAUCAGUAUCAGAUUUAAAGCGAGUGAAUUUCAUUUGAAUUGAGCAGGGCGAAUAUGGCUCAAGGCUUAGUCACCUGACUUCCAAGGGGUCCAGUGAUAGAGGGGCCCGGGCCAUCCAGGAGCUGCAGCAGACUGAUGUAGCAGGAGACAGCAGUGUUGAGAAAGUCUGGACAACGCACAGCUCUUUGCUGCACCUCAGUGCUCUGCUGAAGCAAUAAGCUUAACACACAUAUGAACAAUGUGUUUACUUCAAUAGGAAUACAGGAGCAACUUACUGUAUGUGAUACAUUUUCUUUAAGGCAGGACUUAGUUAAAGAAACACAGGAUUCUAAAUGCUAACCUGUAGAAGGCCCACGGCAUCAGUUGAGUAAAUCGGUCUGAUGUCACCAAGGUAACACUCUGGUAAGCACCUUUUUCAGCAUCUAGGAAAAGUUUCAAUUACACUUAGAACUACCAGAUGAGCUCACCAAGAGUGAAAUACAGCAUAGCAAUAAAUAUUUAUAACCAUUUAUCAGAAAUUACCACAAAAUGGCAUUCAGAUGUAAUAUGUAAUACAGUACAAGUAAAUGUUACCAAUCAUGAAUCAAACGAACCUCAACUGCUUUCAUUUUGUACAAGUAGCUUACAUAGUCUUUUUCAACUGAAAGAAAGAAGCUUUACCUUUAGAUUUAAAGAUAAGUAGCCAGUCAGCACAAUCCACCAACACAGUCAGGACUUCUGUGCAUACGUUUAAGGCGCUCUGAUGGCUACACUCCUAAAGAAACAGAAACUUUACGAACUCGAGAGGAAAGCAGAAAGCAACUUCAAUAAACUCUGAGCCUAAACAAGACUUGUGUUGAACAGCAUCUGAUGUUCACCAGGGUGCGUUGAUACUAAAAUAUAAAAACAUCAGACAUGAACGCAUAGUUUGCUCGGCCAUUGACGUAUAUUGAUUCAAUACUCGACAAUUUUCUUUAUAUAUUUGGAGACUAAAAAGUGACUGGUAUUAUGAAUUAAGCCGAAACAAAUUAAAUUCAAGUUCUACUCA